AACCCAUUCCAUUGGGCUUCCUUGAUUUACAGCUCACCCUGUCUAUAAUACAAUAAUUUUUCAAUUCUAUAAUUUAAUUUUCUUCAUCUUUAUCAACAAAAAUUAACACUUGAAGUGUGUGAAAAAUCUUUUCAGGUUUGUGGAGGUAGAAAUUGGACAGGGAAGAACUAGUUUUCGAUGUCUAGAAGGAGAAUGCAAGGCUGAAUUUUCUUUAGCAACCCUCAAAAGAGUUAUGAAGCCUUCCAUAUUCUCCAACAUUCUGGAGCGUAAACAACUAGAAGAGAUUGCAGCAGCAGGCAUUGAGGACUUGGUGGCCUGCCCGUUCUGCAAUUUCCAGACUAUAAUGCCUAACCCAGAGGAUAAAAUUUUCAAGUGUCUCAACCCAGAAUGUAUGAAAGACUCUUGCAGGUUUUGUAAGGAGCCAAACCAUGUUCCACUGCGGUGUGAAGAGGUAGAAAAGCAGCAUCAAAGAGACACACGUGUCUUCCUGGAGAACAAAAUGACUGAAGCCAUGGUCAGAGAGUGUUGGAAGUGUAAGAAGAGGUUUAUCAAGGAGGACGGCUGCAACAAGAUGGUGUGUCCCUGUGGUGCCAUGAUGUGUUACAUCUGCAAAAAACCCAUCAAAGGCUACAAGCACUUUGAGGACAAACAAAAUCCAAGAGACUCCAAUAAAUGUCCACUCUGGAGCAAUUCUAAAGUAAUCCAUGCAGAGGAAGUGCGGGAUGCAGCCAUGAAGCUCAAGAAUGACUUGAACCCAUCCAUUGAGUUGCCUCACAAUCCCCUUGAUGACUUGCCUGAGGUGCCACAGGACUUAGCCAAGCAACCUGGGGGUCAGCCUCCUCAACACCCUCAUGCCCCACAAGCACACCAACAGCAGGUCGUGGCCCACCCAGUUGUAGUCCAUAGGCUGCCUCCAUUAGCCCAUGUUGCCCAUCGAGACCAAGCCAUGUUCCACCUGCCUGCUCCACCUCCACCCCCUGCUCACCGACAGCUUCCACCUGCUCAUCGUUAUCUCCAUCCUGGUUUAGCUGUCAGACCCGCAAGGCCUCCUGCAGUUGUAGCUAUGGCUGAGGUCAACCAAUUACAGCACCACCACCAUCACCACUUCCAUCAUCACCAUGUGCGACCCCCUCCAAGACAAAAUCCCCCACCUGUUCACCUUCUGCCUAAUCCUCUUCUCAGGGAUGACUUCAGAGCCCAGGUCAACGAGUUUAAUGAGGUUAUGAUGGAGAUCAGGAAUCGUAUGGAUGUAAUGGAUGCCAGAGCUCAUUGGGAAGCCAGGGAACUGAUGCAUGGAGUAUAUCAGCAGCAGCCACAGCAGCACCAGCACCAGCAACAGGAGGGACUACAACAGCCUUAUACAAGAUAGUGUUCUCUAGAGCCUUGCUACAGCCUCUCCUGUAUGGAGAAAACUGGGAUGAAGAGGUCUUUUUUUUAUGAUUUAAGUUUAUUAGACUUUAGAUGUCUUGUUCAGUGAUGCCUGGACAUAUGAUGGGCUUGAUUAUAAAUAAAAUCAAGGUGUGACAUUCUUUUUUUAUCUUAUUUAGAAUCAAGAUGUGAUCACAAACUCAGGAUACAGUCUGUUCAAGGUGGCAGUUCAUCAGGCAGGAUUGGGAUUCCUUGUGUUGAUGGACCAGCAAAGAACAAUUAUCCAGGUGUUUCUUUUAACAGUUCUCAGUAUUAAUCCCACUGCUUCUACAGCCACCCCACAGAGCAGUUUUACAUUGUUUUUUUUUUUCUUCUUCUUCUUCUUAAAUAAAUAUAUAUCCUCACUGAUGAGUA